AAAUCCUCCGCCUGUAACCUCCAAGCUCCGCCCAUAAAGCCCUCUCUGCUUCGCCGAUCUUAUCAAUUUCUUCUGCUCAACCUUAACCUUGGCUGUUCUCUUCAGCCCAAAUGGCAUCAAUUAGUCUCCGCAAGGCGAACACCCGCCUACCGCCAGAAGUCAACCGGGUGCUCUACGUUCGAAACCUUCCAUUCAACAUAUCGAGCGAGGAGAUGUACGAUAUAUUCGGAAAAUACGGAGCCAUUCGCCAGAUACGCAUCGGGACCAGCAAAGAAACGCGCGGCACCGCUUUUGUCGUUUACGAGGACAUAUACGAUGCCAAAACGGCCGUGGAUCAUCUCUCGGGUUUUAACGUCGCCAAUAGGUACUUGAUCGUGUUGUAUUAUCAACAGGCCAAGAUGAGCAAGAAGUUCGAUCAGAAGAAGAAGGAAGAGGAAAUCGCUAAGAUGCAAGAAAAAUACGGCGUAUCUACUAAAGAUAAGUGAAAACCUAAAUAUCAUGGGGAUGGUUGGUUGAUUUGGGAUUUUAGGGAUUUGUAUGAACUAUUCGAAUGAAGAGCCUAAUAUCUAAAACCCAUGGCAUAUGUUGUUUGACUCGUGUUUAAAGUUUUCUUAACGAUUGGCAUGUGUUUACAAACUA